AUGGCGGUUCUUCCCAAAGGUGGCGACGUGCUCCUUGGUCUGGAGCUGGGUGCUCAGAUGAGUUCCGUCGCCACAGGCACGCGUGAAGACGCGGAGAAGUCGGUCAAUCACGGGGGUCUAAGCAGGGCCGUGCGAGUGCAUUUCAUGCCGUCGUCUAUGUCCUACGCUGGAAGAGUUCGACUAUUUGGCGAAGAAGCGGAAGCGAGAGUCAACGCUAAUUCCAGCGAUACAAUCAUGCGGCUGCCGAUGUGGAUCCCCAUACACAGUACACACCAGGUUAAGACUCUGGAGUCGCGCCUACCUUUCUGCCCCGCCGUUGAAGUGGGGUUACACAGUCAUGGGGAGCUGUUCUUCCAUAUGGACUUUGACAAUCAGAAGCUAAAGAUUCCAUUACCGGUAGUUGUUGGAGGGUUUGUGGGUCGUCUUCUGGAGGUGGGGCUGCACCUUGGCAGUUCAUGCGCAAAAGAGCACCAGGACCUGUCGGGCUAUGACUUGGUGCGCCAUAUGGCACAACAUCCUCGUCUACCCCAUGCAGGAGUAUUGGUUGUCCCAUCUUCCCUCUCGCCGAAAGACCUGCAGAUUUUGACAGCUGCUGAAGGUGUGGCCAAAAUGCCAUUGCCAAUGCUCUCCAGAAUCUCAGCGCUCGUCAACUGGUGGUGCUGCGAGAAACUUCCAUCUGAAUACGAAGCUCUUCUUCGACUGCAGUCCUCACCCGGGCUCUCUCUGACGCAGGCAGGAGUGGUGCACGUUGCAUUAUUGGACUUCGGCUUCUCAGAGACCUCAAUGGCAGUAAUUGAACUCAGGAAAGCAGACGGAGAGGGCGACCCCGCAGUUGUACACCAGCCACAGAAGCAGAUCUCCGUUAAACUUCUGGCGACCGCAACCGCUGGUGACUUCGGCUUUGUAGACGUCGUCAAUGUAUUGUCCAAUAAAUUAAGACACUAUAUCAAGAAGAAGUACCACGAAGAUAUUCGGGACAAUUCAGCGCAUUGCUGGCGAAUGUCUCUGGCGUGCACCAAGGCAAUACGUACCCUCUGCGACGUAGAGCAUGCUUCGAUCGAUCUCGUCAACUUCGUCGUCGAGCAUGCCGACGUACGAUUCGAACUAUCGAGGGAACAUUUCACUCAGCUGUGUGCGCCGCUCCAGGCGCAGCUGAAAUCUCUCCUUGGUGAUACACUGGUUAAGGCAGGGCUCGCUGGCACGAAUGUCGCAGUUGUCGAGGUCUUCAAUUCCCUCGCUAGGACGAGUUGGAUGCGAUCUACGAUUGCCAAAGCAAUGCAUUGCGAGGAUCAGAACGCCCAAUUGGAGAGGAUUCGUUGGGUCGUAGAUGGGGGAGCAGGGGCUGCGUUAGGAGCUGCGUACUGGGCGGCAAACAAGAAAUAUGUCGAGAAUCUGGUUGACGAGAAUCCCCCGUACUCGAACGAUAAACUGCUGACAAUGACCGCAAUGGAUGCUAGCAUCAAGGAGAUUGAGGCCCGUGAGUUGGAGAGACGCUUCGUUCUUGCAGCUCUGGAGUCGUACGUGUUCCAAAUGCACCAGGCGGUAGCCACCACGAAAAUACAUUUGGUGCAGAAUGCGGCGCACACCGAGAAGUUGAUAAACGAAGCCCAUGCCUCUGCAGCUUCUCUGCAAGACGUCCCGUUGGAGAAAGUGAGGAAAGAGUAUAACGCUUUUCGCUCCUACUUCAUGAAUUCCGAGCCAAAACUCUUUGAAGCAAUCGAGUCAGAGAGGACCGCCAGGAUGGGGCGAAACAGAAGUGAUCCCAGAAAGCUGAUGGAUAUAGUUGUCGCUCAGCUUGACCAUGACAGCCGGGCAGAACUUCCCAAUGACAUUUUGGUGAAACGCGCCAAGCACGACACCAAAGAGGCAGCAAGGUUAUUAGCAGGUGGUCAAACCAACCUGUCAGUUUACCUGGCGGGUCGAAGUCUCGACUACCUGUCUAAUUUUAACAUCCGAAGUGCCAGUGACAUUGACAGAACGGCAGUGACCGAAAUUCAACUGCAGAACUACAUUCAGUUGUCCAAAGCGCAGACUGCAGAGGCCGCGGAGGAUCGCGCGGUGGAUUACCGCUUGGGUCUGCUAAAGGAGGCGCUGGACAAUUGCAACAAGGCUCUUGCUAUCGACUCACGGAGUGUCGAUGCUCUGUUCCAUCGCGCCACGAUUCACAUGAUCAUGAACGAGUUCACCAAGGCCAAGGCGGACGUAGAAGCAGGUCUAGCUGUUGUACCCGGGAGCAAGGCAGGCAACGCUGUAAGCUUUCCUCACGCCCCCACAGAAGCAUGUCCUCGCAGAACCCACGGGAUGACACGUGGUACCCUCUAA